AGAAUACCAUUAGGAAUGAAAGAUACUGGGGUGAUUGAAGUCGAAGAAAUUGGAUACUCUUCAAAAUUGUCGAAUUCUGAUUCGUUACUAUCCAAUUGUUCAUUUGCAGAUGAUAUAAAAUUAGUAGCAAAAGAGGUAUCAAAGGUGGAUGAAAUAGAAAUAGGUGAAACAGAG